CACUUUUGGGAGCUGGCAUACUCUGUGACAUCAAAAAGCCCAACCAGCCAAUCAGAAUGCUGCUUUGGGACAAUGGGUGUAACAGGCAGACUUGACAGUGAUAAGUGAUUCACAUAAAGCUGGGGGCAGAUUGUUGGAGUCUUUUCUUCCGCAUUGCUUUGUAUUGCGUUCUCCAGUGGUAGACUGAGCAUAGGAGGCUGUUCCAGGAUGCUCACUGAAGGAAUAAAAGAUCUGCCUCCUUCAACAAAUUCCAGAGACUUGUUGAAGGAAUUUCCACAACCUAAAAACUUGCUUAACAGUGUGAUUGGAAGAGCCCUGGGGAUCUCCCAUGCAAGAGACAAACUGGUGUAUAUCCACACUAAUGGGCCAAGAAAAAAGAAAGUCACUUUGCACAUAAAAUGGCCUAAGAAUGUGGAAGUGGAAGGCUAUGGGACCAAAAAGAUUGAUGCCGAGAGACAGGCUGCAGCUGCUGCAUGCCAGCUCUUCAAGGGCUGGGGGUUGUUAGGGCCCCGGAACGAGCUCUUCGACGCUGCAAAGUACCGCAUCCUUGCCGACCAGCUUGGCUGCCCGGAGGACAGGUGGUGCCCGGAAAGCAGGUGGCGUUCUAAGUCUGGGCCGUCCCUGGCCGACUUGUCGACUUGCUGGAGGCGGGCGGAACCGGAUGACUCCAUCCAGUCCAUGGAGCAAGGCAGGAUGCCUAAAGCGAUGAGGCGAGAGGAGAUGGAGGAAGGGGAGCUGGAGGAAGGAGAACUGGAGGAAGGGGAGCUGGAAGAAGACACAAUUGAUGUUACCGAUUACCUGUCCAUGGCGCAGAGCGAAGCUCGGACCCCGGCUAGAGACAUGAGGGGAGGGGCCUCGGUGGAAAUGACGGACGACAACAACGCCAUCAGGGCUCUGACCCAGUUCCCUCUGCCCAAAAACCUCCUGGCCCAGGUGAUUCAGAUUGCAACCUCUUCCUCCACGGUCAAGGAGUUCAUGCAGUUCCGCACUGUGGGCACCAAGACGAAGAUCUGCAAGCUCACCCUGCGCUGGCCCUGCCCCAUGACCUUUGCUGCCAAAGGCCGCCGCAAGGUUGAGGCGGAGAACAAGGCAGCAGCCCUGGCCUGCCAGAAGUUGAAGAGCCUGGGCUUAGUGGACAAGAACAACAACCCCCUGAGCCAUGCCAUGUACAACAUGACGUCCCUCCGGGAGUUUGGCGAGAACCAGAGGAGACCCUGCCACAUCAAAGUCCCGGAAGCCACCCUGCGUAAGAUCGAGAACUACCUGAACCACUACCCCGUGGACUCGAGGGAAUCCAGGCCGCGGCUUGCUGACGACAUGAUGAACCUGAGUAAGGAAUCUGGUGCGAUCAGUGAUGCCAUCACAGGGAAGACGUACACGCCCCUGUCUGAGGGGGAGGAGGUCCGCCUUAGCCAGAACCUCCUGGCGCUUUGGAAGAGGAGGGGUUCGUCGUGGCCGGAGAGCCCCCAGCUGCCUGUGGACCCUCACAAGGACACCAUCUUGUCGGCCGUUGAGCAGAAUCCGGUGGUGGUGAUCGCAGGAGACACUGGCUGCGGGAAAACCACCCGGAUCCCGCAGCUGCUGCUGGAGCGUUACAUCCUGGAGGGGCGCGGAGCCCGCUGCAACGUGGUGAUCACCCAGCCCCGGCGGAUCAGCGCCAUCUCGGUGGCCCAGCGGGUGGCGCAGGAGCUGGGCCCCAACAUGAGGAAGAACGUGGGCUACCAGGUGCGGCUGGAGAGCAAGCCACCAGCCCGGGGAGGCGCCCUGCUCUUCUGCACCGUGGGCAUCCUCCUGCGGAAGCUGCAGGGCAACCCCAGCCUGGAGGGCGUCAGCCACCCAGAGCUGCGCCUGGUGCUGAUGAGCGCCACGGGGGACAACCAGCGCUUCUCGCAGUACUUCGGGGACUGCCCCGUGGUCAAGGUGCCGGGCUUCAUGUACCCAGUGAAGGAGUAUUACCUGGAGGAGAUCCUGGCCAAGCUGGGCCGGCACCGACACCGGCACUACGAGGUGAAGCAAUCCGAUGACGAAUGUGUCCUGGACCUUGAGCUGAUCACGGACCUCGUGCUCCAGAUAGAUGCCCAUGGAGAGCCAGGCGGGAUCCUCUGCUUCCUUCCUGGCUGGCAGGAGAUCAAAGGGGUGCAGCAGCGCCUGCUGGAGACGCUGGGCUCUCAGAACAGCCGCUACCUCGUCUUACCAGUGCACUCCAACAUCCCCAUGAUGGACCAGCAGAACAUCUUCCAGCGGCCCCCGCCCGGCGUCAGGAAGAUCGUCCUGGCCACCAACAUCGCCGAGACCUCCAUCACCAUCAACGACAUCGUGCACGUGGUGGACAGCGGCACGCACAAGGAGGAGCGCUAUGACCUCAAGACCAAGGUGCCGGCCCCGUCCGCGCCCGGCGUGCGGCCUGCUUCUCCCGUCUCGCGGGGGCGCGGGCGCGCCCCCCCCUGCCAGUCGGGCUUUGCCUACCACCUCUUCCCGCGCAGCCGCCUGGAGAAAAUGCCCACGUUCCAGGUCCCUGAAAUCCUGCGCACGCCCCUGGAGAACCUGGUGGUUCAGGCCAAGAUCCACAUGCCAGAGAAGACAGCCGUCGAGUUCCUCUCCAAGGCUCUGGACAGCCCUGACAUCAAAGCGGUGGAUGAAGCGGUGAUCCUGCUGCAGGAGAUCGGUGAGCUAACGGCAGCGCGUGGCCAGGGAGGGGAGCCGCCGCUGCGGGCCAGGUGUACGAUGCUGGGCUGGGACAGGACCCCCUGGGUUGGGGGAGGGGGGCUGGCCAAUGGGCCUGUGCUCUGGCCCAGAGGGGGAGCAGCAGCCCUAGACCAGCCCAAGCUCCAGGCCACAGCUGCUGAGGGCGGACGCCUGGCCCAGAUCCCCCCCGCCCCGCGGCUGGCCAAGGCCAUCGUGCUGGCGGCCAUCUACCGCUGCCUCCACCCGCUGCUCGUCAUCGUCUCCUGCCUCACGCGGGACCCCUUCAGCAGCAGCCUGCAGAACCGAGCGGAGGUGGACAAGGCCAAGGCGGUUCUGAGCCGAGAGAGCGGGAGCGACCACCUGGCCUUCGUCAGGGCCGUGGCGGGCUGGGAGGAGGUGCUGCGGCGCAGGGACAGCCGGGCCCGAGACAACUACCUGCAGGACUACUUCCUCUACGCCCCCAGCCUGCGCUUCAUCAACGGCCUCGUCAAGCAGUUCUCCGAGAAGCCCUCCCCCUGCGCCCUGCCCUCCGCCGCCUGCAACCAGUACAGCGAGGAGGAGGAGCUGGUGAAGGGCGUCCUCAUGGCCGGCCUCUACCCCAACCUCAUCCAGGUGCCUGCGCGGGGCCCUGCUGCCUCUCUGACCGACAGCGACCUCCUGGUGCUGGAAGGAGACUCCUACACGAUCCGCCUCCUGCGUGACUUCCGCGUGUCGCUCUCCAAGAUGGUGGAGACCUGCCUGUGCUCUGAGAUGUCUGCGAUCCCGGGGGACCUGCACCAUCAGCACAGCCAGCUGCUCGACAUCCUGGUGGAUCUGCUCAAGGGACCUCCUGGCAGCUUUGGCGCCUAGGCCGGCGGAGGAGUGAGCGUGGGGACUUGUAAUUUGUAUAAAGAUGUUCACAAAUGUUUAUUUAAAUAAAAGUUCUAUUUAUCCCUUGUGAAGUCAUCUCUCUCCAUCCUAGAAGAUCAGUGUGGUCAGACCCUCCGGCUGGUGGCGCCGUGCAUGGGCAUCGUGUGGGCGGAACCGGCAUGGGCCUGGCGGCGGCCCAGAGAACGGACCCCAGUGCGGACACCCCAACGCGCAAGGGAAAGCCACCACUCUGAGCCGAAGGUCGUGGGACUGGAAAGCACUCGCCCCUCUGCACCCCACAGGGCGUGCCCCUGGCGGCUCCCCUGGCCCCGAGAGCUGCGCUCAGGAGGAAGCUGGACUUAAGCUCACGGCUGGGCCUGCCCGGCGAGCCGAGACCCGUCCGUGGAGGCAAGAGGAGAUCACGCCCUGGACCUGACAUUCCUGCAGCGGGCGUCUGAGCCUGGAGCAGCCAGAGGCGGUUGGCCGCGCGGCGCGCGAGAUGUCGUGUAGUUUCUAGCUGCCUGUAUUUCUGUCCUUUGCUUUUUAUUUUUUACAUGUCUUGUUCUCCCUGUACCCUGGGCAGCCCCUGAAACGGGUGCGGGUACCGCUCGAUCGGGCAGCCCAUCUCUGAGUGAUGCUGUUCCCUAUGAACUGGGACCCAGAGUAGCACAGGCCGAGGGUUCUGUGACUAACGCACAACCACCUGAGGCAAGAGAUUCCCCCCCCAGCUCUGCCUCAGUUCCCUAAUGCUAGCAACCUACCUCACAGGGCUGUUGUGAGGACGAAUUCACUAAUGGCUGGAGGGGGGACUACACCGGAGCGGUGUCUGGCAGUCGCUGGUAGAUGGGCCAGGGGCAAGUUCUGUAUCGCGUUGCCCAUCGUGGACGGUCCCGGGGCCACUGGACUUGUGGUUUUUUAUUUCUACUGCUCUUUGUAACUGAAAGAGACGAACCCGCCCCUUGUUGCAGCCGGCAGGGGCACUGGAAGGGGGGACGUUCCUCACCUGCCCAGUGCGUGUUUCGGGGCCCUGGCACUGUAAUGGGGCCCCAGUUCCCAUUCGAGUGGGGCUGGUAAUGAGCCUUUUAUGUACUUCCACUAAGAGCUGGUGCCGGCUUCCCAGGGCAGAGCCCAUGGCUUGCCUGGCCUAUAGCAAAGGCAUGGAGCAGCCCCUUGCCACUGGAACUGAAGUGUUGUGGCUGCUGUUGAGGAAUAUCUGGGGGCAAAAGCAGAGGGGCCAAGGCUAGGAAAACUCUGGGCUCAGUUACAGGAGGGGGGUUCACGUUGG